UUCCCGCACGCACGCCGCUCGGCUCUUUCCGCCUCUCUCUCCGCUCGGGUGUUUCCGCCGGCGGCGGGCGCUGGGCUUCGGCUUCGCUCGGGUGUUUCCGCCGAGGCGGGCUGCCGCCCCGGGCCCCGCGCCCGCCGGCCCUGCCCUGCCCAUGUCGGACGUGCUGGCCGUCGCUGCCGGCUCCCGGUUCGAGCCCCCGACUGCCGGGGCGCCGGGCGGCUUCGGCGGCGCCGAACUCUCCUCGGAAAAUGAAGCCGCAGCCCAGAGGACGGAGCCCGAAGAGCAGCGGGGUGAUGGCUCGGAGCGCAGCGCCUCGCCGUGCGGGUUGCAGAUAGGGUCAUCUGUGAGUGCGGAUGUGAUAGAAGAUUCAAAGGAAGACAGUUGCACUUUGGAGGACCAGAAAGUGGCUGAAGCAGAAGAGAAGCUGCCUGACCAAAUCCAGUCCACUAAAGAGGAAGCUCUUGUUCGAAUGACCGAGUACCACAUACAUCAAGGAGCAGGGGAUAUAGUCAUGAUUCAGUCAGAUCACACUGGUGCUGUGGAUAUCCUUUCAGCUGAGCUGGAAACUGCAGACCUCCUUGGAGAGCAGAGAAAAGCUCAGCCUCCCCCUCUGGCUCCACCUACUACAUGGACCACAGGGAAGAUGAAGGAAUUCAAAGCCAAGAUGGGAAAAGAGAAGAGUGCUAGGAUGGUGGUGAAACGAGGUGAGGUGGUGACAGUCCGUGUGCCAACCCAUCCUGAUGGGAAACGUGUCUGCUGGGAGUUUGCGACAGAUGAUUAUGACAUUGGAUUUGGAGUCUAUUUUGACUGGACCGCUGUUACUAGCACUGCCAUUACUGUUCAGGUCAGCGAAUCCAGUGAUGAGGAGGAUGAAGAGGAGGAAGAGGAAAUUGAAGGACUUGCCCCUGUUGGUGAUGUGGAAAGGGGCUCCAAAAGCUCUCUGCGGAACCGCUAUGGAGAAAUCAUGCCUGUGUAUCGAAGGGACAGCCAUCGGGAGGUGCAGGCAGGCAGCCAUGACUACCCAGGCGAGGGCAUCUACCUGCUGAAAUUUGAUAACUCGUACUCUCUCCUCCGCAAUAAGACUCUGUUCUUUCAUGUCUUUUACACUAGCUGAAGGGAUGGGAAGGGGCAGGGAUGGCAGACAGGAGGUGGUGAGCAUAGCAGGCUGCCACCCAGCCCUGAUACUCCAUGAUGAGCACUUCUGUGUGACAGAACAAAGGCACAACUCUGCUAGCGACUCUUCAGACACAACUUGGUUUCUCCCCACGCCCUCCUUCCCAGCUGUCCUGGUGGAGAAGAGUGGUUGUGACUGGUUGUUCACAGGCAGCUGUUAUUUGUAUGAAACUCUGGGAGUCCUGCUCUGUAUAAUCAAUGGAUAUCAAGAUGUUACAAUCACAAUAUAAUCAAGAGAGUUAGGCAAAGUAGACAAUAAUAACAAAAGAGAAUAAAAUGGGAGGCUUACCCUUUGGCUGGGCUCACCACAAGACACCAAUAGAGGCGAUCUCCAGAAGAGAUCCUUCCCUACUGGUAGCCAGCUCUUAAAUAGGUCUAGGAGGGGUGGAGCCUGGCUCCCCUUCCGGCAGCACAGGUGAAUUGCCUUCACCUGUGCUCCUCUGGCUGACUCAUGGCUCACCUCAGGUGAUCAAUCAGAGGUUCAAGCCGUGACUCAGUAGUUCCCAUACAUGCUCUCUGUAGGUAUAGUGUUGGGCCUUCAUCAUAGCCAAUAAAUGCCCAGAGGCCAGGUGCAGCUGGUCUUGGUUUCUUUCUGUUGCAGUGGUACAAAGUGAAGUCAAAGUGUUCUUCAUCUGUUGCUGUUCUGUAGAUCUUCAGGCUCUUCUGCUGUAUCUGGAUCACUAGAGGGCAGCUAUCAGCUGCAGAGAGACAAAAACAUGUCUGGCUUGUCACCAAACCACUGAUAAACUUAUCACUUACUGCCACUAUGUGUCACCAGCUGCCAGCACUUCCUUUGUUCCUAUAUGUGGGGAUGUAGCGUGGCCAUGCUACAAUAGCCAGCUCCAACCUAUGGUACCCAUGUGUUAGAGCAAAGUGUGUGGGGCUGGGGAGGGGAGUGCACAAAUAGAAGUUCAUAGGAAGAUUUUCCUCUGGAUCAAGAAUUAGAUAUUGCAUCUGUAGAUUACAGAGAUAUAAAAAUUAUGAUUAAAUCUCCAGUGACCACAAAGUUUUUUUUUUUUUGUUUGUUUGUUUGUUUUGUUUUUUUUUCCUGUAAUCCAGAUGUAAAAACAGAAGAAAUGGUUUACUGCUGUGUUGAAUAAAUAUGAAAAGGUCGGGAUAUGACCAAGAAAUAUACAAGAAAUGUUUCUUUGUAGCAGCAUGUUGAUUCACUGGCAUUGCUGCCAGCUGAAUAAUAGCAUAUAUAGGAAGAUGCUCCCCAGGGAAGCAUAGUUUCUCAGCUGCUAUUGCUGUUACAGAGGUGUUGUUGCAAAAGAGCAGAAACUCAAAAGGGGUGGGAUUUUCCCAGUCCUUUCUGUAAACCAGAAUGAGCGAGUCUAUUGCUAGCCCUGAUCAUGUGGUGAAGGAUAGAGUUCCUUGACAUGUUUUAGUGGCUAUGAUAGCACUUCCUGCUUGAGUAUUGGCAGAGUUGAACAAGGAUUAUGUUAAUCGUUCAGAGAUGAGUUUUAAAUCACAUUUAUCAGCAACUGUUGUUUAUUUUAAUACUUAAAAUCAUGCUCUUUUUAAGAAUAGUAAUGUGUUUACGCUUUGUUACCUCUUUGCAGAGACACAGAAUGGCUUUUUGCAUGGUGAUCCUAGUAGAAUUCUGAGUUUUAAUUUUUAAAUCCUCCAGGUAAGGCACCUCUAUUUGGUCCAUUCCCUUUAUUGAGGGGGAUUGAUGAAGAAAAUGAUUUUGGGGUAGUUAAGACCAAAGAUUUCACUGUACUAGGAAGGCUGUAUAUUUCCUCUUAUGGCUAUAUUGUAAUGCUGUGGAAUUUUCUUUAUGUUCAAGCUCUUCUUCUAGCUGUGAUUACUUAUUCACUGCCCCAGAGCAUUUAAUAGGUCAAAAAGACGUGUGUGAGAGAGAGAUGUUUAUAAUGGAGCAGCCCAAGCUUGGAGCAGGAAGAAGGAAAACCAGAAAACUGGUUGCUCCAUGGGUGAGCAGACAGGAAGCAGAGCUGGCCAGGGUAAGGAGCAAGCUGGUGCUAUUCUGGGCCCUGAGUUGGAAGCCUUUCUCAAAGGAGAGAGAGGACCUGGCCACAGGGGAACUGCAAAGCUGUCCCUCAAGCAGAGGGAAACAUAGGGCAGCCUUAGGGGGAGGUAGAACAGUAAGACUUGGUAUCUGUCAUAGUAAAGUGAUCUUUAGUUUAGCAGCUUGGGGAAUGUUAUUUCUUCCUUUUUCCCCCUCCUGGGGAGAUGCAGAACCAUCUUGUGGUCUAUGUAAAGCAUUUGAAUCAGGCCUGAGCCACUUGCAUAGGGCUUCCCCCACUCCCUCCCCCUUUUUUUUUUUUUUUUUAAUCCUUUGCCCUUGAAGUUCUUUGACAAUAAGAAGGUAACCUUUAAUUGACCAAAAAUGUCAGUGCUGCCCAAUGCAAUUACUGCCUUUGGUCCUUUCUGAUGUAAUCUGCAGGGCCCUAUGUGCACUUGUUGGUUAAUGUAUGAGACACUGUGUGGCACCUGAUCCAAUUUCUAAUUAGGAUUUAUUUAUGAUAAAGGGAAUUUUGACCUAUGCGCAGCAGUUGUAGAAAAUUUAUCCUGAUCCUCAGUUUCACAGCGUUCUGUGGGAUACUGUUAUUGCCACUAUAUAAAUGUUUCUCCUAUAAUGUGGCCUUCCUAUUGCUAAUUCACCCCUCUCAUUGUCUGUAUUUUGAUCAUAUCCUCAUUCAAAAUACAUAUUUUAAUCUUGUAAGAUGAGAAAAAGACCUGCCUGACUACCAGUUCUGGUCGCUUACUGAAGCAAAUAGUAUGUGCAAGUUAUCAAGGUAACUUGUUAGUGGUUUUAGUGAAGACAGACUGUCUUGUAGAUGAUGAUCCUAUUGCUCAGUUCUAGCUUUCUGAAAUGUGGACCAACCUUUUAAUAAGGCUCAGGUCAUUUGUUUGGAACUGUCCCCAUCUCUUAGUCUCAUUGACUUCAGCUUAACAGAAGCAUUGAAUCAGGCAUGUUAUCCCAAUCUGUAUGUGCCUGUCCUGCAAAAACAUUAUGCCCUUAAACAGACUUGGAACUAAAAGUAUCUAGUAUCACACAUCUAAUAGUGUGUAUUAUUUCACUGCUUAUGCUUUCCAGAAGCAUGUGGUAUCUCUUAUGAACACAAAACAUUUUGGCAUAAAAUGUUUCAUAUGCAGGAAACAGAAGCUUUACAGUUGCACAGGAUAAUUACCCUUGGUGUAUUCUUUAACUUUUACAUCACUUAAGUGUUUCUCAGGUCUUAAAGUAUCAUUCGUUAUCUAAGUGACGACUCCUUUUAGGAAGGAUCUGUAGUCUUUAUUCAUUCUCUGGUAAAUCUCCUAGCUUGGAUGCAAGGCUAGUGAUUAACAGUGGCCACUUGCAUUCAGAAUUGAACUCAUAGUUGUUCAAAGAAGUAAUCUCCUUAUUUCUUGUGUCCUUUUUUCUGUUAUCUGUGUAUCCUGGACUUGUAUCUGAUCCUGCUGUCUGCUGAAGUAGUGAUGGAAGCCAUUUUUGCUCUAAUUGCAAACUUGUGGAACUAAAUAUUGGGUUUAGAAAGAAAAAUGAAUUUAGAAGGCAUUUUCACUUCAUUGAUUCACAACUUGAUUAAGGAAUAAGCUGCUUCUACAUUUUGUGAAGUUGUUUUGGUGGUUUGUUUUUUUUGCUUUUGUAAAAGCACAGAAUUGUUUUCCAGUUUGUUUUGAGUAUGACUUAGAGACAUAAAACAAUCCUGUCGCAUGGGAUUUGCAUAAAAAUUGGGUUGUAUAAUUGUCCAUAAUAAUAGUAACAAUCUGUUGGGUAUUUUUUAAUGUCAAAGCAGGUAAUAAGCUAUCCAUUGUUUUAUCUUACUCUUCUCCCUUAGCACUAGUGUAGCAGCAGGAGUUGAAAGUGUAUGUGUUUCACUGAGGACUGAGAGUUAAAAUUGCUUAAGUCAGGCACUGCUUGUACUAUUUUAAUUUGCUAACCAACUCUGGAGGCCCACAUUAAAGGUAUUGGUGUCAGAUAUAGGCUAUUCCCAAAGUAAUAUUUGGGACUCAUUUAGUAGUUAUCUACAUUAAUACUACUACUAAGCCACUUACAUGAACAGUAAGAUGAAAAUGUGUGCUUAAGGAGAGAAAGAGCUUAACUGACUGACUUGAGGUACUAAGACAAAAGUUGAGUUACUAUGCAACAGUCUGAAAGGUUGCCAGAUUUCUUUCUUUUUGGUCCUAUCCUGUGAACUGUCUCCUUGUAGCUGUGUGCAUAUAGUCGUGUAUUGCCUGCAGUGGGGCCAGUUGUGCUGCUGGACUUGGUAGGGUAGACUGGAGGUGACCCUUGUCACGUGUGUAAUUGCUGAAAGAGGUACUUGUUCUUGUGAGCUGGAAACUGGGGGUAGAGAAUUAAUCUCUAAAUGAGUUCACUUUGUCCCCACUGCUUGUACCCUUCCUUCUUGUCUCACUACUUCCUAGUAUGCUUUGCAGAGGAUUUAUCACAGGGUGCCUUAGGAGCAAGGAGCAUGUCUGAAGUACGAGCCACAGAUGUCAUUAAUCCAGGGGUUUUCUUCUUGUUUCUCUGCCUAUUUGUGUAGGGUUGAAGCACUAAGAUCAUGUAAUGAGAGAGUCCUGGUUGGCUGUCCUAGGGAUUUAAGUUGUUCAUUAGUCUGCCUUGUUGCUGUAAGAUGAGUAGUAAAAUUGUUAGUUUCCUGGCACACUAACUAAAGUUUUAGAGUGAACAUCAAAUGGUGGAGUCCAAACACAUCUUGCUAGGCCAAGAAUUUCCUGUGCAAUUAUUCAGCAUUUGCCUCCAAAGAGUCUCUGGCAUUUUAUUCUGAAACACUCGUGCUAUUGCAGCUGAAGACAGAACAUCAGGCUGAAUGGAUAGAUCUGUGGUUUGACAGUAAGGAUUAUCUGGUUUAUGCCCAUCUGGACUGGUGAGUGAAGUCUCUUAGGCAUGAAGCUGAAUGCUAACCAUUAGAGCUAAAGAGGCUUUACUUGACUUUUAAGUUUAGAAGCUGUUCUUGGAAACUAAAUAGUUGGAGAUGAUCUCCCUGUAACUUCCUGAAUGCCUGAGUGACUAACUGCUCUCCUCAGAGUGGAGCAGUCUGCUCUCAAGUCCCUGCUCCAAUCUGCUAGCAUAGUCUUUCAGUGGAGAGUAUCUUGUAGGUGGUCAUAUCUUUUUUUUCCAGACAUAUAUUCUUGUAAACUGUGACAGCUGUCUCUAAGUCUUUAUUUAUGUGACAUGAAUAUAUUUGUUGUCCCAGAACAUCAAAAUUCAUUUGUCUGUACCAACCCAUGGCUUUUCAUCUCCUCUGAAGAAACUAGUUUUAAAGGGAGGUUACUUCAACAAGAUGUGGCACCAAAUCUCUUGCUGAAGAGCACAUGUGAAUAUUUAUAGUGUGUUUGCUUUCCUUCUAGGCUUGGUUUGUAUUGUUUAUAUUCGAUGUGUUGUGGCUGAUUUGUAAUAUUAUAUUGAAAGUUAUUCCCUUUAAAUAAACUUUUCACUAUGCAAUCACAA